GCCGGCGGCUCGCGCGGGGAUCUCGCGCUCCUCCAGUUCUCCAUCAGAAGGCGGGGAGCUCGCGCUGAGGUCACUUCACAGACAGACAUCAACUCACCUCAGGAGCGCUGAUUUACCUGUUUACAGCCGAUCCGCGGCGUUUCGCGAAGCCUUGAGAGAACAGCUGCUCAGAAGAGGAGGAACUGAGGAUAUUGAUCCCAAACACUUGUGUUUGACGGGCGUUGGUGGCCGCUUCUGUCAGAAGAGUGCGCUGAGGUAAAAACCAACGGAUUCCAUCAACGCUUCAUUCCGCGAAAAAUAAUCUCUCCGCCACAAAUUCCGCUGGUUUUAUUACAAACAACAUCCCCAGAGGUGCCUCUGAUUAUUAUUUCACCGGAUUUCUGCCUGGUUUUGACUGUUUGUAUGAUGGGAAGAAGUAAAAAGACUGUGAAAAGAGAACGAGGCGGAUCGGGAUUCUUAUCGCAGAUGAUAACUGUGCUAGUUUUUACUAUUUUAUCGCUCGUCAACACCGGUUCGGCUCAAGAUGACGACUAUCUGGGAUUGGGUGAACUCCCGGAGACGUUCCCCUCGGAUCCGCCCGAGCCGCUCCCGCACUUCCUGAUGGAGCCAGAGGAGGCGUACAUCGUCAAGAACAAGCCCGUUAACCUGUACUGCAAAGCCACACCAGCCACGCAGAUCUACUUCAAGUGCAACAGCGAGUGGGUCCAUCAGAAGGAGCACACAGUGGAGGAGCGCGUGGACGAGAGCUCGGGUCUGGUGGUGCGGGAGGCCAGUAUCGAGAUCACCCGUCAGCAGGUGGAGGAGCUCUUCGGUCUGGAGGAUUUCUGGUGUCAGUGUGUGGCCUGGAGCUCGGCAGGAACCACCAAGAGCCGUAAAGCCCACGUCCGGAUCGCCUAUCUCAGGAAAACAUUUGACCAGGAGCCUCUGGGGAAGGAAGUGUCACUCGAACAGGAAGUGCUUCUCCAGUGCCGCCCACCAGAAGGAAUACCUGCUGCUGAGGUGGAGUGGCUGAAGAACGAGGAGAUCAUCGACCCCGCCGACGACAGGAACUUCUACAUCACCAUCGACCACAACCUGAUCAUCAAACAGGCCCGUCUGUCCGACACCGCCAACUACACCUGCGUCGCCAAGAACAUCGUGGCCAAACGCCGCAGCACGACGGCCACCGUCAUCGUCUACGUGAACGGCGGCUGGUCGACGUGGACGGAGUGGUCGGUGUGCAGCAGUCGCUGUGGGCGGGGCUAUCAGAAGAGGACGCGCAGCUGCACCAAUCCCGCGCCUCUGAACGGAGGAGCCAUCUGUGAGGGUCAAGCCAUCCAGAAACUGGCCUGCAACCCGCUCUGUCCAGUGGACGGUCUGUGGACGCAGUGGAGCAAGUGGUCGACGUGUGGGACAGAGUGCACUCACUGGAGACGGCGCGAGUGCAGCGCUCCGGCCCCCAAAAACGGCGGCAAGGACUGCGAGGGAGCGGUGCUGCAGUCCAAGAACUGUACGGAUGGGCUCUGUAUGCAGAGUUCCUUAUAUCAGAAGUCCUCCGAACCCACAGACAAGAGCAAUGCUCUGCCACAUCCAUUUCAAAGAAACGUAUUAAUCUCAGCGAUACAUUUUAAUGCUUGCCCCGCUGAGUGUGCCGCUUUAUCAUCAAAGUGCGAGCGCCGGACGGGAGAGUUGCACGCUCAGAUGAUAUCGGAGGACUUUCAUCACUCGGCUCUAUUCGCCGAGUCCAUACGGGCCGGAAUACGAGCGGCUUUACGUUCCUGCCAGUUUCCGUUCCACAUAAUCACUGGGACGUUUUCAAGACUGAAAGAGCCGAGGCUGGAAGAAGACGUGAGGAGUGACGGCAUGAACAGAGAAGAGAUGUUUCUGAUUUCUAGACGUGAUCCCGGCCCAGACGUGGCUCUGUACGUGGGCAUCGUCAUCGCCGUCAUCAUGUGUUUGGUGAUUUCCGUCAUCGUGGCGCUGUUCGUCUACCGGAAGAACCAGCGAGACUUUGACUCGGACAUCAUGGAUUCAUCGGCGCUCAACGGAGGAUUCCAGCCGGUCAACAUCAAGACGGCGCGCACAGCGGAUCUGCUCACGGCUCCUCCUGACCUGACCUCGGCUGCUGCCAUGUACAGAGGUCCCGUUUACGCUCUGCACGACGUCGCUGAUAAGAUCCCCAUGACCAACUCUCCCCUGCUGGACCCGCUGCCCAACCUGAAGAUCAAGGUGUACAACUCGUCCGGUCUGGUGACGCCGCAGGAGGACCUGUCCGACAUCUCCUCCAAACUCUCGCCCAAACUGCCGCAUGCGCUGAUCGACAGCGACACCAUCAGCCGCCGCACACAGACGCUGGUGCGCUCCUGGGACCCCUCGUGCACGGCCUUCGGCUCCUUCAACGCCCUCGGGGGCCAUCUGAUCGUGCCCAACUCAGGCGUGAGCUUGUUGGUGCCAGCGGGUGCCAUCCCUCAGGGCCGUGUCUAUGAGAUGUACGUGACGGUUCACAGGAAGGAGAGCAUGAGGCCGCAGGUGGACGACACACAGGAGACGGUCCUGAGUCCGGUGGUCAGCUGCGGUCCUGCUGGAGCUCUCCUGACCCGGCCUGUCAUCAUCACCAUGCACCACUGCGCCGAGGCCGACAGCGAGGACUGGCUCAUUCAGCUCAAGAGCCAAUCACAGCAGGGCCAGUGGGAGGACGUGGUGGUGGUGGGUGAGGAGAACUUCACCACUCCCUGCUAUAUCCAGAUGGACGAGGAAGCGUGUCACAUCCUGACGGAGACGCUGGGCACAUACUGUCUGGUGGGUCAGUCGGUCAGCACCGCCGCCGCCAAGAGACUGAAGCUGUCCAUCUUCGGCCCGGUCAGCUGCACCGUCCUGGAGUACAACAUCCGAGUCUACUGCCUGGACGACACACAGGACGCGCUCAAGGAGGUGCUUCAGAUGGAGAAGCAGAUGGGCGGGAAGCUGCUGGAUGAACCCAAGUCUCUGAACUUCAAGGACAGCACACACAACCUGCGUCUGUCACUGCACGAUGUCCCACACACUCUCUGGAAGAGCAAACUCAUCGCCAAAUACCAGUGUAGUUCGUUGUGGUGUGUGUUUGCUCAGGACUCUCAGUGCAUCGACACGUCUCUUCUGGAUCCGGCCAGUAACAUCACCACACUGGUGGGUCCCAACGCUUUCCGGAUCCCGCUGUCCAUCCGGCAGAAGCUGUGUGGGAGUCUGGACGCGCCGCAGACCCGCGGGAACGACUGGAGGAUGCUGGCGCACAAACUCAACCUGGACAGGUAUCUCAACUACUUCGCCACCAAGUCGAGUCCGACCGGCGUGAUCCUGGACCUGUGGGAGGCGCAGCACUUCCCCGACGGCAAUCUGAACCGUCUAGCGGCCGUGCUGGAGGAGAUGGGGCGUCACGAGAACAUCAUGAGCGCCGAGCACUGACCUCCGUCCUUCCCAGGAGUCCCAGCGGAUCACUGUGAGCGCGGCAGACCCGCUCCCAGCAGAGGAAGACGUUCCCAUCCCAAUCAGUUUCUUAGGAAACGCGACUUCUGCCGUCCAAAUACUGGACCUCCGGCUUGACGUCACACGAGUCGUGGCGGUUCGUUCCCUGAAAACACUCGGAGGUACCUUUCUGUCAAUCUGUGUUGAGAAAUGCCUUUAUUUAUAUCCCGUUCCUCGGGUUUUGCGUCUCAUUGUUUUUUGCGCUACCCAGUGGACUGAGCCUGUAACUACACGUCUCUCCAGCCUCCUGUAAAUAUACAGCAAACACAUCUGAACUGUAAAGUUUAACGGUGUUAUUCUUCUGUUUUCUUUUGAUUAUUAAUUGUUUUGUUGCAUAGUGAUCUGUGUGUAAUCGAAAUUUAGAGGGGAAAAGGAAACCAACGGACAUCUUCGCGCGAUUGCACCGUUUUGUAAACUUGCUUCGGAACUAAAACGUGACGUGAAUUUCAGGAAUAAACUUUACUGGACAGAAUUCACAGAGCGUCAUCAUGCUUUCUGCUCGUUUCUGAAGAGGUCCGUCUCUGAUCCUCUGAAUCGAUGCGAUUUUAACGGACGGAGAGCAGCGUAUCGGAGGACGUUCAGGAGUGAGUGACUGAUGAACGGAUGGAUGCAUGCGGUAAAAUACAAAGUGUACAGAGACCAACUUGAGUAAUAGCCAUUCGAGUGUGUUUGUACUUCUGCGUUCACCUUCAUUCGCUCUUGUUCAGAUUUCUAAAGCUGUCUAUGCAAAAUCUGCAUCCUUUAUAAAGCAAAGUAUACAUGCUAAAAACCGCUAGCAGUCGCUUUCCAUAGUUAUCAUACGAUUAUUAUAUUUAUAGUGAGGAUGUUACUGAUUCUUUUAUGGCACGUUCAUGACGUAAUUUGCGAACGCUUGCAUCUCCUCUGUGAAGUUUCUGUACAAAAUGUAAGAAAGAAUUUUUAAACAAGUAAUAAAUUAUAUUUAUAUGCAA